AAUAAAUAAAUAAAUACUACUUAGAAACUAUCAAUCACGACCAUAACCACCACACACACACACACAUAUAACUUUUUACUUACCUUUGGUUUCUCUUGAGUAGUCACCACGUUACUAUUCUACUAUACCAGCGACCAAGACGAUAUACAUACGCGUAUAUAUCCUUAGGAAAGGAAAGAAGAAGAAAAAAAAAAAAAUGAAACCCACAACAACAACAAUUCUUCUUUUCCCAAUCCUCGCUCUCCUCUCUCUCUCUACCUCAACAUCAGCUAAGAAAACAUGUACCCCGAGUUUCGAUUACUGCGCUGAUGAUCUCAUAAAAUCCAAUGGCUUCACAGAAUCGGAUCUUAAAGCCGUGCUGAACGGGACUGAUCUCGCGACGGACGAUCUGAAAGAUAUUCUCUUCCACUGCAAGAAUCCGGGGAUCGUGGGACAUCCGAAGUUAUGUUCAAAUGGGUGUACGACUGGGCAGCCGCAGGGGAGUCAUGGUUGUUGAGUUUGGUCCCGGUUGGUACCGCUCUGUGGAUCUUUUGGGAUUUUUUUUUUUUUUGGAUGAUGAAAAAGAUGAGAAAAGGAGUAUUUUAGGGCGAAUAGAUAUUUAUACUGAAGCGCACUGGGAUGAUUGUAAUAAUCUAAGCUGAAUGUAUG